AUGAAGUCUCUCAAUGUUGUUUAUUUUAUUCUCGGGUCAAGGGCUGUUUCGGCGCUUCCCACGAUAGAUACCAAAUCUUCCUUUAGUUGGGAUGAUACUGAGUACUUUCUCGCAUUCGGUGAUUCGUACACCUAUGUGCAAGGAACAUAUGGAUUACAAAACUACUCCUUCAUCGGGGAUCUUGACAAUUUCUCAUACACUCCUGCUCAAAUCUUGAGUAAUGAGAUCGUUCAAAACCAGCUUGGAACAUCUGCGGGAGGUCCAAACUGGGUAGAAUACCUCACAUCAUGUUUCUCCGGGCUUCCAUCAAAAUGCACGAAACAAUUAUGGGAUUUUGCCUUUGCUGGCUCAGAUGUCUCUACAACUUAUACGAAGUUACAUCAUAAUUACACGGUUUCUCUCGAGAACCAAAUAUUACAAUGGUCAACUUACGCACUCCCAGUCGUGCCAAUGGAUCCAUCCAAAACAUUGGUUACUGUCUUUAUAGGGAUAAACGAUAUCGGUGACACCGAUUCCUAUACCUUUCCAUCUCAUAAUUCGACGGACUACCCCUCCCUUUACACAAAUAUCAUCUCCGCCGAAUUUGCAGCCAUUGAAACUAUUUACAACGCUGGAUUCCGCAAUUACCUUUUUAUGAACCUACCACCUUUGCAACGCACCCCACCCAAUCUCAUCCGUGCAGCUGGCCCUCGUCCAAAUAUCACCAUGCUUACCUCCUAUAAUAGCAUCCUUAAUGCUACUGCUCUCAACUUUGCAGCCACGCAUGCGGGAACUAAGGCUAUGGUUUUUGAUACCUUUUCUUUCCUCUCUUCUGUGCUUGAUGAUCCGGCUCCUUAUAAUAUCAAAAAUAUCACAAACUACUGUCCUAGAUAUGAUGCACCUGAUAUUGCGACAAACUACGCAGCCUACGGAUGUCAACCAAUUCCAGAAUAUUUCUGGUACAACACCGGACAUAUCACCUACCACACUCACGAGAUAUUGGCGAAGGAAGUUGGGAAGUUUUUGGAAGGGCAAAGCAAGUGA